AUGCCUUGUACCAAACAGCCUAAAUACUUCCAGAGUCUCAUGGUUUUGCAGUGGCCCUUGAACUACUUAGCCAUAUUUUUUAUCUUGCAGCCAUUGUUCAUUUACCUGCUGUUUACAUCUUUGUGGCUGCUACCUGCCCUUUACUUAGCCUGGCUGUUCCUGGACUGGAAGACCCCAGACCAAGGUGGCAGGCAUUCAGCCUGGGUGAAGAGCUGGUAUGUCUGGAAAGGUAUGAGAGACUAUUUUCCCAUUACAAUCCUGAAGGCUGAAGACCUGUCACUGGAGCAGAACCACCUCAUGGGGGUUCCCCAUGACAUCUUCACCUUUGGUGCCUUCUGCAACUUCUGCACUGAGGCCACAGGCUUUUUAAAGAACUCCCCAGGCAUCACUCCUCACCUGGCCACGCUGUCCUGGUUCUUUAAGGUCCCCCUUGUUAGGGACUACCUCAUGGCCAAAGGUGUGUGCUCUGUAGGUCAACCAGCUAUAGACUACCUGUUGAGCCAUGGCCCUGGCAACCUCGUGGGCAUUAUAGUGGGAGGGAUUGGAGAGUCUCUGCAAAGUGUGCCCAACACCACCACCCUCAUCCUCCAGAAGCACAAGGGGUUUGUACGCACAGAUCUCCAGCACGGGGCUCAUCUUCUCCCAACCUUCACUUUCGGAGAGACUGAGGUGUUUGAGCAGGUGCAGUUCCCUAAGGACAGCUGGAUGUACAAGUUCCAGAGCCACCUCUGCCGUAUCACUGGUUUCUACUGUUGUGUCUUCUAUGGACAAAGCUUCUACCAAGGCUCCAUUGGGCUCCUGCCAUACUGCCAGCCUAUCGUAACAGUGGUCAGAGAGCCUCUGCCGCAGCCGAAAAUUGAAAAGCCAAGUCAGGAGAUAGUGGGCAAAUACCAUGUACUCUAUAUGGAAGCCCUGCACAAACUGUUUGACCAGCAUAAGACCCAGUAUGGCUACUCAGAAACCCAACAACUGAUUUUCCUGUGA